AUGACAACUAAGGAACUUCUCUCGACUCUCAUUAAAGCUUCUGAAAAAGCAGCCAACAUCGCUCGAAUAUGUAGAGAAAACGAAGAGUUAUUCAAUCUUUUGAUUGAAGAAAAAACGGGAAAUGAGAAAAAUGAAAGAUUCGUUAAUGAUUUCAAGACUCUUGCGGAUGUCGUUAUCCAGGAAACAAUUAAACAUGAUGUAGGAGUUCUUUUUCCUCAACUACGUGAAAAUAUCAAAGGAGAAGAGUCGAAUAAAUUCGAAAACAUUCUUGGUGAAAGUGUUGUUGUUUCUAUUACGGAAGAUCCAAUAGAAACCAAGUCAUUACUUCUUAAAGUAUUAGAUGGCAAUGAAAAAGCUGCUGAAGCUCUAGCUGUAGAGGUCCAUAAAGAUGUGUCAGUUGAUGAGAUAGAAACGCUUCCAGAUAUCGUAGAGCUGAUUAACAUUGAACAAGUUGGAAUUUGGAUCGAUCCCAUCGAUGGCACUGCUGAGUACAUCAAUGGAAAUUGUUCUUCUACAAGUUUUCCUAACAUUGAAAAAUCUGGUUUAAAAUGUGCAACAAUCUUGAUUGGCGCUUAUAAUAUGGAAACAAGCAAACCUUUCAUGGGUGUCGUUAAUCAGCCAUUCUUCGUUAAAAGUGAUGAUGACUUUAAAAGCAAAAUCUUCUGGGGUGCUUCUAUCAACGGUGAGAACCAUCAUAAUAUUGAGAACUCUUCUGCUGACAACUCCAAGAAAAUCGCAAUAAUUUCUUCAGCUGAGACUCGUAAACCCACACUUGAGUCUGCUGGAUAUAAGACCGUGAUAGCCAACGGUGCUGGCUAUAAAAUUCUCAAGGUCAUUGAAAAUGAUGCUGGCAUUUAUUUUCUCAGCAAAAAUUCAACAUUCAAGUGGGACACAUGUGCUGGUCAAGCAAUUUUGAAUUCUAUCGGAGGUGAUGUUAUUGAUUUGCAGGCAAGUAUCAUGAAAAAGAAACCAAUCUCUCUUACAUAUAAGGAUGGAGAAGAUAAAUGUAAUCGUAAUGGUUUGAUUGCUUAUCGUAGCGUCACACAUUUGAUAAACUUGAUUCCAAGCUUCUUGUAA